UGCAGCCAGCGUCAAGCCUCUUCUUUUUUAAAUGUAUGCUUUUAGUGUGAAAACGAUGAGUCAAGUGUUCUAGCUUCCGGUGACUUGACGCAGUCACAACAUUAAAUUAUAAUUGCAUCUUAAACUAGGUAAUACAAUAGUCAAAACCAACAUAUACUUCUAAGGCAAUUUAAAUUGCUGUUAAAUCUAAACUUUUAAAUGAUUUAAAAUAGUCUCGCGCUCUGUUGUGUAAACUCCAUUACAAUGUGACCUUCUCGGCCACCGUAGUGGUUUGAGAAGUUACCGUCCUGGCCGUCAUGGGGAUUGUUUAUCACAGGAUUUGGAUAUAUUCGGUGCUAUAAAUGAUAUAACAUGGCAGCGGUGUUUCUGGUGACCAUGUUCGAGUACUCCCCAGUGUUCUACAUCACGGUGGUGUCGCUGUGCUUCCUCGUGACCGCCGCCAUGGUGCUGGGCUGGUGUGGCUUCGAUGUCCCGGUGAUGCUCCGCAGCUCCGAUGAGGUCGAGUCUCUCCUGCCGACUCCGGAGAAGCAGAUGGUCCAGACGACCAACCCCUUCACCCUGGAGCUGGGCCCCGGCCCCGCCUCUGUGUCAGACGGGGUGUUCCUGAGGCCCGGCUGUCUGGAGCCGUGUGUCCUGAGCUGUUUCUGGGGCUGUGAGGUCGGCGCCCUGCAGGUGGCGCUGCAGGCCCACCAGCAGCAACACCGCCCGCGGCUCAGCACCCCCUUGCGGCUACAGGAGGCACUGCAGCUCCGCUACCUCCACUGCCACAGCGUCCACGUUGCCAGUGACGACACACAGGAGCACCACACACACAUUCCUGCAGACCAGGGGAUCACAGACUUCGGGCCGUUGCCAAGGCAACGCUACCCUCUCGUAGCCGUGCUGACGCUAGCCGAGCCGGAAGCCCGAAACGUUUACAACAUCGUGGCCAGUCUGACGGUUAUUCACGUUCCCGAUGACAGACACCGCCUUUCUGCUCGGGUUCUGUUCCAGUACCUCCUCACCUCCACAGGGAACAUGUUCCAGUUGAAGCCUCUCUUCAUGUCAGCUGACGGUCUCUCUGAGCCUCCGGCUGUGGAGCAGAGGACCCGAUCCACCGAGGCCAGUCCAGCGGAGGAGGGGGCGGGGCCCCGGUUGGGGGGGCGGGGCCGAGACUGUGUGGUCUGCCAGAACGCCGCCGUGAACAAGGUGCUGCUGCCCUGCAGACACGCCUGUGUGUGUGACAGCUGCGUGGGCCGCUUCCAGCACUGCCCCAUGUGCCGGGCCUUCGUCCACGAGUCCUUCACCCUGACCCGGGGUCCAGAACCAGGAGUCCUUCACCCUGACCCGGAGUCCAGAACCAGGAGUCCUUCACCCUGACCCGGGGACCGGAACCAGGAGUCCUUCACCCUGACCCGGGGUCCAGAACCAGGAGUCCUUCACCCUGACCCGGGGACCGGAACCAGGAGUCCUUCACCCUGACCCGGGGACCGGAACCAGGAGUCCUUCACCCUGACCCGGGGUCCAGAACCAGGAGUCCUUCACCCUGACCCGGGGACCGGAACCAGGAGUCCUUCACCCUGACCCGGGGUCCAGAACCAGGAGUCCUUCACCCUGACCCGGGGACCGGAACCAGGAGUCCUUCACCCUGACCCGGGGUCCAGAACCAGGAGUCCUUCACCCUGACCCGGGGACCGGAACCAGGAGUCCUUCACCCUGACCCGGGGUCCAGAACCAGGA